AUGGCCACAAGGGGAGUCGUCCCGACACGACGGGCCAACAAUGCCGGCGGCUUCGGUCUUUUCCGCACCGCCGUGCUCGGCCUCACAAAGGCUUUGACGCUGGGUGUAUCUUCCGUCGCCGCCGCGCCCAUCCACGCCGUAACCCAUCCCGACAAGGAGCCCGAGGCCGAUGGCGCAUCUUUUUGGCCUCUUAUGGGUGCCUCCAUCGCGCUCGUUCUUCUUGGUGGUGCUUUUGCUGGAUUGACCAUCGCCCUGAUGGGACAAGACAGCAUCUACCUCCAGGUCCUCGCCGGCGACCCCGACGAAUCGCAGUCCAAGAACGCCAAGCGCGUCUACAACUUGCUCAAGAAGGGAAAGCAUUGGGUCUUGGUCACUUUGCUUCUCUCCAACGUCAUCGUAAAUGAGUCUCUGCCCGUCGUCCUGGAUCGCUGUCUGGGCGGAGGCGUCGAGGCUGUUGUUGGCAGUACUGUGCUUAUUGUCAUCUUUGGCGAAGUUGUGCCUCAAUCCGUCUGCGUUCGAUACGGUCUUCAGAUCGGUGGCUACAUGUCCAAGCCUGUGCUUGUGCUCAUGUGGCUUAUGGCGCCCAUUGCUUGGCCCACGGCUAAGCUUCUUGACUGGGCGCUGGGCGAGGAUCACGGCACCGUGUACAAGAAGAGCGGCCUGAAGACCCUGGUUACCCUGCACAAGUCCCUUGGCGAGGUUGGCGAACGUCUCAACCAGGAUGAGGUCACCAUCAUCAGCGCCGUUUUGGAUUUGAAGGAGAAGCCCGUCGAGAAUGUCAUGACCCCUAUGGACGAUGUUUUCAUCAUGGCCGAGGACACCGUUCUUGACGAGAAGACUAUGGAUAGGAUCCUGUCCGAAGGCUACUCUCGCAUUCCCAUUCACGCCACUGGAAAGCCGACCGACUUUGUAGGCAUGCUCCUGGUCAAGAUCCUCAUCACCUACGACCCCGAGGAUUGCUUGCAGGUGAAGGACUUCCCCUUGGCCACGCUCCCCGAGACCCGUCCCGAGACAAGCUGCCUGGAUAUUGUAAACUUCUUUCAAGAGGGCAAAUCCCACAUGGUCCUGGUAUCUGAGUAUCCCGGCGCUGACUACGGUGCCAUUGGUGUCGUUACCCUCGAAGACGUGAUUGAGGAGCUUAUUGGAGAGGAAAUUAUCGACGAGUCCGACGUAUACAUUGACGUACACAAGGCCAUCCGCCGCAUGACUCCCGCACCCAAGGCGCGAACUCCGAAGAAGUCCGCCCAACCCUCCCCCAGACCUAUCCCAGAGAACGGCGAUCUCAUCGAGUUUGGCGAAGAACCGCAUCCUCCGUAUGAACGCAAUGGAUCAAUUAGUGCUCUGAGUGAUGCCCCAGAGAAUCUGUCUAGCAGUGCGCCGAGGACAACAUUCCUGAUGAGAAGGAGUUCCGCAGGUCCAGACGGACGUAUGACUUCAUCCGCCGUCCCAGUUAAGGCUACAUUCGACGAGGCCAAGCAGCACCUCAAGCACCUCGGGCCUUCCAACCGCGCAUCGAACCCCAAGAACACAAAGUCCACGACAGUCAAGAUCAAGCCUGUUCCGACUGGUGCGCCCCUGUCCCAGCUCCACAGCCCCUCUCCGGCUCUUCGCCCCGCUUCCGUAACUGGCGACGUGAGCGAGCACAGAUUGGACGAAGAGACAGACGAACACACCCCUCUUAUGCGGCCUAAGCUUUCUGGAAAGGGCGGUGUUCAUGCUAUCCGUAAGAGUUAUGGCGCGGCGGGCAAGAGCGAGACCCAGGUCAGGCUCUCCAGCACCGCUCACGAUGAAGAGGAUGACAAGGGUGCUGACGGGGUAAAUGUACCCGCAACCGUUCCCGAGAAUGGUAGCCUCGAAGCUUCGCGAAGUGGAAGCCCCGAGGCUGCCCGAACAGACUUGACCAUCGUUGUCUCUCCCGGCCAGGUCAGCAGCGCGACAAGCGUGACGAGCAUUGUUGAUGAAGGAUCCGCUACUCCCAAGCGCCGACCUCUCGUUCGAAGCGGUAGUAUCAGCGAGAACGUGGUUGAGACCAGCAGUGGCGUGCGGAAGAUCAUUAUCCAGGCCGCUAGCUCGGACUCUGACGAGGCUGGAUCUAAGGGAUCCUCUGGACACCGUUCCCGGACCACCAGCCAGGCCAACGUGCAGACUGCCGGUCGCGAUGCGGAGAGCGAAGAACAUGAUGGCGACGGCGCAUCUAGUACCGCCCCAAGCACCAACAACAGCCAACAAGCGAGUAAAAAGAAAAACAGGCGAAAGAAGAGGAAAAAUAAGUCGUAG